AUGGUUACACGCAUUUUUUCUGGGUUGGGGGUCAGACUUUGCAGUAAUCUUAUGGUAACCAUGUUUCCUGGUGGGGCACGAUAUUUCUAUCUAACCGGACUAAUCAAUCCUGACUACAUGUCCGGGGCCCGGCGUCUUUCUCUAAUCCUUCAGGGCAAAAUUGUGUGUCCUCAAAGAAAUACAAUAUAUCCAUUUCACAUAUCCACUACAUUAAUAGCCAGUCAUGCAGAAAAUCAUAAGGUGGUGUUGUCAUUAGAAUGUGAUGCAAUAUUUUUGAAUAUUUUCCUAUUUACUGGUCUUCUUACGCGUAUAAUGCCUUUCCCUUUCUUUCACCUACUUAUAUUUCCAGAGUUUGAUUGCACCAACUGGGACCAGAUAGAAUUAUUCGAUGCCGGCAAAAAAAGGCCGCGAUUUGUGGUCCGGUUGAAUCAAGAUGUUACCACCACCAAGAAAUGUCGUCCCCCUAAAAUUAGCGAAUGA